GAGACAGCUGGCGCGGCUUAGAUUAAUGUGACGCUCGGUAUGUUGCAGCAGCAGCCUAUUGCAGGCAACGGGCCCAACUCAGGCCGGGGGCUCGCGUUGACAGGUCACCCGGGAAUGCACGCCCUGAACUCGGUGCACCCUCCGCCACAACACCGGUCCGAUGGCGACGCGGGCCUCGAGGGAGCAGAAAACGGUCAUGAAAACAGACGAGACAUUGGGGACAUUUUGCAACAAAUCAUGACCAUCACCGACCAAAGUCUAGACGAAGCCCAGGCGAAAAAACAUGCCCUGAACUGUCACCGAAUGAAACCGGCUUUGUUCAGCGUGCUUUGUGAAAUUAAAGAGAAAACCGGUCUGUCCAUGCGAAACACGCAGGAGGAAGAGCCGCCGGACCCGCAGCUAGUCCGACUGGACAACAUGCUCCUGGCCGAGGGCGUGGCCGGCCCGGAGAAAGGAGGCGGGGCUGCCGCGGCCGUCUCUGCGGCGACCAGCUCGGGCGGUAUGUCUCCGGACAGCUCAUUGGAGCACUCGGACUACAAACAGAAGCUGAGCCAGAUUCGCACGAUUUACCACACCGAGCUGGAGAAAUAUGAGCAGGCGUGCAGCGAGUUCACGACUCACGUGAUGAACCUGCUACGUGAACAGUCGCGUACGCGGCCCGUGUCCCCGCGCGAGAUCGAGCGCAUGGUGGCCAUCAUCCACCGCAAGUUCAGCUCUAUCCAGACGCAGCUCAAACAAAGCACGUGCGAGGCCGUCAUGAUCCUCCGCUCCCGUUUCCUGGACGCCAGGCGCAAGAGACGCAACUUCAGCAAGCAGGCCACGGAGGUGCUGAACGAGUACUUCUACUCGCACCUGUCUAACCCUUAUCCUAGCGAGGAGGCCAAAGAGGAGCUCGCCAAACAGUGCGGCAUCACCGUCUCUCAGGUGUCGAACUGGUUUGGCAACAAGAGGAUCCGCUACAAGAAAAACAUCGGCAAGUUCCAGGAAGAGGCCAACCUUUACGCCAUGAAGACGGCCAUGGGGGCGACGCAGCGAGAGGGGUCGCCCCAUACCCCCAACUCCACCGGCUCAGGGUCCUUCUCGCUCUCAGGGUCAGCUGAUCUCUUCCUUGGAGUUCCUCCAGUGAACGGAGAGCAGCCUGGCUACCACAUGGGGCCUCAGGACUCGCGCUUUUCAGAAAGACUCUAUAGUCCCAGAGAGAGCCGGACUAACGGGACCUGGCAGGAACAGAACACGCCUCCCUCUCCACCUGGAAGCGAGGGCUCUGACGAUUCGGACUGAUGGCCGCCGCUGUUCGAGAGACGAGGACAAAGGAGAAAACGGGAAGAACGAUGGUCAUUAUUCUGCCAAAGUGCAGUGUGUUUAGUUUAGUUUUGUUUUGUUUUGGUUUUCUUUUUGUUUUUUUUUUAAAAAGUCUAUCUGGAAAGCGUGUGCACAAGAGAGAUGGAGGAAAUGGCUUUUAUUUAGGCUCAUGUACUCGGCCGUUUGUUUUUAUUUUUUGUUUUGUUUUUUUUUAAAUUAUAUAUAUAUAUAUAUAUAUAAUUUUCCAUCACUACUUCCACUACUCGUUAUUGCAAUAUUUGGGUUCUGAAGAAGGAAGGGAAGCUGCAUUGUAAGCUGCAUUAAGUCUGCUUUUGUUUAUAACUAUAGUGCUAUUGUUACUGUUAUCACUGCUAUUCUAACCCUAUAUUGUUUCUUUUGAAGCUCAGAUAGAGAACUGAACAUGAAUUGGCAUGGCUGAAAGGGGCAAUAGAGAAUAAUCCAAAGAUCGUUUUGUCUUCUGUUUUUAUUUUGUGUGUGUGUGUGUGUGUGUGUGUGUGUUUUCUCUUUUUUACUGUCUUCUGAAUGGGGUGCGUUUGGCGUCUUUAUUUACGGUUUGAAUGCGUAUAUCAACAGUGCUGUCUUUCUCUGUACAGUGAAACACCUGUAUUCUCUACCUCUUUUACAAUAAAGACUGUUUGUGUACACAUUCAGCCACACCGCCA